AUGGAAGGAAGAACAAGUGUCGCAAACAAUUCGUCGACUACCUCUGCAGUUAAAGUUCCUACAACUUAUGUCUCACCAUUCUCAAAACCCUUACGAUCUCCUAUAAUACCAAAGCAACCUCCUCAUACAAUUCAAGACAAAUUGUCCAACAAUUUGAGUUCUUCUUCUUCUCAAAACACAACAGAAACAUCUGAAACAGUUGUCCAAACAGCACCAGAACAAGUUUCACAUAGUUCUACAAUUCAAGACAAAUUGUCCAACAAUUUGAGUUCUUCUUCUUCUCAAAACACAACAGAAACAUCUGAAACAGUUGUCCAAACAGCACCAGAACAAGUUUCACAUAGUUCUACAAUUCAAGACAAAUUGUCCAACAAUUUGAGUUCUUCUUCUUCUCAAAACACAACAGAAACAUCUGAAACAGUUGUCCAAACAGCACCAGAACAAGUUUCACAUAGUUCUACAAUUCAAGACAAAUUGUCCAACAAUUUGAGUUCUUCUUCUUCUCAAAACACAACAGAAACAUCUGAAACAGUUGUCCAAACAGCACCAGAACAA